UCUAUAUCAUCUUUCUUGACGACGCCAUCAACCAUCCCAGCGACUGCGAUCUCAGCCAUCAGGAACCAUGUCAGCCAACGUCAAGUACACAGCUGCUCCGCAGGAAGACCCCGAUGCCGUCUACACCCAGCCGCCCCCAUCGUACCAAGCCGAGACUAGCUCUGCUCAGGACCAAAACCGCCUGUUUGGCGGUCCGCGAAGCAGUGAGGAUAACAUUCCCGAUGACUUCAAGUUUGGCGGCUCUGUCGCCGAAGCGACGGUCGAAAUUCGCAACCAGUUCAUUCGCAAGGUAUACACCAUCCUCACCGUCCAACUUGUCGCCACUGGCGCGGUCAGCGCUCUCAGCUUCUUGAGCGAGGGUUACAAGGCAUGGAUUCAGUCGCAUCCCGCCGUGGUUUGGGUAUCGCUUAUCGGUGCCAUGGUUGCCAUGUUCCUCACUUACUGGAAGCGCCACUCGUACCCCACGAACCUGCUCUUCCUCUCAGCCUUCACCCUGCUUGAAGCCUACACCAUCAGCGUCAUCGUCUCCUUCUACCGGGCUUCCAUCGUCCUCAACGCCGUCUUCCUCACAGCGGGCAUCUUCGUCUUUCUGACAGCCUUCGCCUGCCAGACAAAGUACGACUUCACCUCGUGGAUGCCCUACCUAUUCGGCGCGCUCUGGGGGCUGGUGAUUUUCGGCUUCGCGGCCAUGUUCCUGCCCCAGACGAGCACCUCCGAGCUCGUCUACGGCCUCCUCACGGCGCUCGUGUUCAGCGGCUAUGUCCUGGUCGACACGCAGCUCGUCCUGCGCAAGCACCACGUUGAGGAGGAGAUUGCUGCUGCCAUCAGCCUGUACCUCGACAUUAUCAACCUGUUCCUGGCCAUCCUCCGCAUUCUCAACAGCCAGAACAAUAACUAGGUUGAAACGAGAAGAGGCAGGGAGACAAGGUGAAGGUUGGAGAGGACUGGCCUACUUAGUGUAUGGGGUAUCCAUGUGGGGGAAAGCGGAGUUACAGUCAGGUACAUAAUCUUUGGGUUGGGAGGACUGGUCGGGGCACUUUUGGGCAAGGGAGGGUCAGUUGUCGGCUGAGUCGACUUUUUGGUUUUGUGUCUCGUAGACAUAUCAGUAUCCAAAACAACGCGGGUGAAACGUCCGCUACUGCCUUUGGAUGGGG